AUGGCAAGCUAUACCGCAUACCCCGAGUCCACCUUUUACAACCACUACCUCUUCUCGACAAUCGAACACUCUACCACUGCAAUCCACUCGUCACUCAACUCUCUCGUCUCCCACCAACCACCCUCCAACGUCCGUCACAACACACCACCACCCACAAUCAUGAUCACCGACGACCAACUCUACCAACUCGCCAUCUUCCUCGGCAGCGUCAGCAUGCUCCUCAUCGUCCUCUACCACUUCCUCGAAGUCAAUGCCGAAGACGACGCCAAGACUCCCCUGUCCGCCGAGCGCAAAGCAGACACCGUACCCGGUGCGAAGCCUGUGAGAUCAUAG